AGUGCAUGGGCAGACCGGUAGUCUACCUGCCACCAUAAGGAACGUGUAAAAGUACGUAAAAUCCUCAGUUUCUGAGUUCAAGUUGAACAAUUUUUCCCACAUCCCUCCAGUUAUCGCGUACUCCCCAGUUUUCUUAGCAGCAACUAAUAGUUUUCAAAUAUUGUAAUGAAUUUUUUCUGAGGGGAAGGAAUCGAUUGUUAAUGUGGCAACUCUGUGACUGCGUCCACCAAUCCGCCGCUGUCGUUAACAACAACAAAGUUAUUGUCAUGAACUCAGCGAGCAAGGUUGGGGAAAUAUUUACUGCCGCCGGCGCGGCGUUUAACAAGCUAGGAGAACUCACUAUGCAACUCCAUCCCACCACAGAUUCUCCUGCAGGCACACAGAUACGGACAACGCUGAAGAAAAAAGCUUUCGAGGAGGCUGGAGUACCAAUAAGACAGGUAUCCCAACAGCCGGGGCAGGCUACACCCCAGAAUGUGCAGAAGCAGCAGAAUCAGGCGAAUUCCACUGCGAAUCAAGCCAUGAUGAGCAAAUCAGCUGAGGUCACUCUCAACAUGUUGAAUGCACCUGAAUCUGAAGUCGACGUAGAGGGCUUACCUGAGGAGUGCCAAGUCAAAUUGGAAUUCGAGGGAGCUACUGAAGAAGUUGCCUCAUAAUCAGUUAACAUCCAUUACUUUAAUGAAUAAAUGACAUUAAUAAUUAAGACAUUAGGAACAUAAUUUAUUAUAGUAAUUUGUAUAUUCCAUGUUCAUUACAUCGUUUCGUUGGAAUUAUUUUUUCAUCUUAGUAUAAUAAAUGACUCAUGAAUCAAAAGUA